AUGGGAAACUGCUUAGUUCUUGAGCAGAAAUCAGUGAUCAGUGUUAUGAAAACAGAUGGAGAGAUCAUAGAAUACAAAGCUCCAAUCAAAGUCCACCAGAUUCUGUGUGAAUAUUCCCACCAUGCAAUCACUGACAAGCUCCCUGUGGUGAAGCACUUGCAUCCCAACACCGAGCUGAUUCGAGGCCGCUUGUACUACCUUCUUCCCUUGCCCGUGCCUGCGAAGAAGAAGAAGAGGGUGCGAUUCUCGGAUGAUGUGGUGGAGGAGGAGAAGAGACGAGGCGCAGGGGCGGCUGUGAGGAUCAAGGUUGUCAUCAGCAAGAAAGAGCUGCAGGCAAUGCUUGCGAAAGAGGGAGUUUCGGUUGAGGAGGUGAUCUCUGAGGUGCGGAAGGAGCCACUCAAGAUCGAUAGCAAAAGCAUCGCGCUAAAAGGGCUGGAGAGUAUCCCUGAACUGGACUAG